CAACUUUAUUCUCUAUCCCACCUCCUUUCACCCUAUCCGCAAAUCAAGUACAAACAGCAAAAUAACAAUGUUUCUUCAGACCACCAUCCGCCCCUUUGCAGGAAGGACUCUCUUCCGCUCUUCGACGAAACCAUCCACUCGUACCUUCACAGCCCUCCGUUCGCCCAUCCUCCGACAGGCAAUCACCCCCGUCCGCCACCAACUCCCAAAGACCCAGUUUGCCACAAAACGUUUCUUCACGGCAGAUCCAGCGGUCGUCGCUCGUCCGACUAGGCAGCAGAGUAUUCAAAAGCUCUUGUAUGCAGGCGGAGUAUUUGGCGGCACCCUUUUAUCGAUCAAUCUUUUGUUCAACCAUGAAACCCGCCAGGGCACCAUUCCACUAUAUGAGCGUGCCUAUCUGCAGGAAACGUUCACUUACACUGGUCUCGGGGUCGGUAUGAUAGGUCUAGCGGCGAAGGGCCUGCACAAUAUGGGGUGGAGCUACCGGCUUAUGAGCAUGAACCCAUGGCUCAUCAUCGGUGGCGGCCUUGCUGCGUCAGUGGGGACAAUGUUCGCCACUAGGGUUACAGAUCCAGACAACUACAUCCAAAAACACAUCCUUUGGUCCGCCUUCAACCUCACCAACGCCGCUGUCCUCGCCCCCCUCUUCUUCUACAGCCCGGCCAUCCUUGCCCGCGCGGGCCUGUACACCGUUGGCAUAAUCGGUUCAAUAUCAUUCGUCGGCGCCACGGCCAAGGAGGACAAAUACCUCUACCUCGGCGGCCCGCUCCUCGCCGGUGUGGCUGUCGUGGCACUCUCCAGCCUUGCGCCCUUGGUCCUGCCCCUCGGCUCCCGAGCCCUGAUGGCGUCAGAGUCUAUCUCCGUGUACGGUGGGCUCGCUGUGUUUGGUGGGCUCACGCUGUACGACGUGCAGAAGAUCAUGAAUAAUGCGCGAUUGGCGGAGCAGGGCCUCAUCAAGAGGGAUACGGUCAAUGAGAGUAUUAGCCUUGAGUUGGACUUUAUCAAUAUUUUCAUUAGGCUCGUGCAAAUCCUUGCGAGCGGUCGGCAGAAUCAGCGGUAGACGCAAAAUGAGGCCAAGGGUGGUUGCAUUUUGGGCAUAUCUCUUUGGAGGGUCGAGCUAUGUCGAUUCCUAUCAUUUUAGUUGGUGGCGGCGGUAAUAGCGCUUUCUGUGGGGGGGGGGCUAAUGUACUGGUACUAUUUUUUGCCUGGCCCUCGCUGGACUCUCUACUCGUUUCUUUUGUUACUAAAUCCCAAAUGUCAUGCCAUAGCCUUCAAUCGAGCUAUAGUAUCGUCA